ACGAACUUGACCGCGGAGCGCGCGCUUGAUUGAAGGGAAAGACCAUCGGAUUCGCCAACACCAAUACGUCAAAAAGGCACGGAGUGAAGUGCAAACGGAGUUUUGAUUGGCAGCAAAAGUUCUUUCUAGAGCGACUUGGUGUGACGCCUUGGGUGCAUUAAAAGGUUGAGAACAUGUCGGAGGUCGUUGAACCUAAGAAGGGUCGCGGACGUCCACCCAACGUUGAAAGGAGCAGCGUGGCCCCGAAAAAGCGUGCCCGAGCCCUCUCCCCGAAGGACACUAAAGGUGAAGAGAAGGAGCGCGAGAAGGAGAAGGCUGUCGUUUCGGAUGGCGAUGAUGAACCGUCACCGAAGCGUGGCCGCGGACGGCCAAAAGGCACUACAAAGAAGGCAACUAAGGCCACCAAAAAGGCACCGGUUGCUCCGGUCGGCCGUGGCCGUGGUCGGGGAAAGAAAAAGGCGGCCAAAGCGGCCGAAUCGUCGGACGAGGAUGAUGAUGACGAUCACGAGGACGAAGACCCGGAAGACAGCGAUGAAAACGAGGAAAACUACGAAAACGAUGACUCUGAUUAAUCGUGUGAACGCGCGCGAAGACCUUAUGAGAAAUUGCAUUACUUAGAUGUUUUUGACGUUACAAACUGGCACUAUCGUAGGGUGAUAAGAACUUUCGCGCCGUUUCCGGGUAACGAUACCAAGUUUCCCCGUCCUACCCACGGAUCGGACUACGGAUCACGUAAAGUUGGGUUGCCGACGGAAUAGGCGUCUUUUCAUAGUUUCUCCAUCGAUGUAAGUUACUCCUUUUAAAACGACACUGCACCAUUACUGUUCUAGAAAAGUAAAAAAAUGCAUUUUGUAAAUCGCACUCAUUGUAAAGUUUAUUUCGAA